GUAUGUAAUGUAAACAUUUGAUCGAUCUGGACAUACGUUACUCUUAUUCUUUGUUAUGGCUUUUUGAGCACUAUUUUUUCAGUGGAUCCACGCAUUGUUCAUGUUGGACGGAAUUAUGUCUUUACCGACGGGCCGAAGCUCUAUUGGGACGUAUGUUGUGCUCGUGCUGCUGGAGUGUUACUGGGAAGCGGUGUGCGGACAGCUCUCCUACUCCGUCUCGGAGGAGGUAAACCCGGGGACGGCUGUUGGAAAUAUCGCUAAGGAUUUAAAUCUCAAUGUGCAAGCCUUGGAAUCCCGUAGAUUUCAGAUUGUUACUGGGUCACAGAAAAAAUACUUUGACGUGAAUCUAAAGACCGGUUUCCUCUACGUGAACGAGAGGAUAGAUCGAGAGGAGCUUUGUGCAAAGGUUCCCACAUGUACAGUCAGUGUAGAGGCCGUUAUCAACAACCCUUUAAAGCUCUUCCGUUUGGAAGUUAACGUUUUAGAUGUUAAUGACCAUAACCCGUCCUUUAUUACUAAAUCACAAAAUAUUGACGUCGCUGAGAACACUUUACCUGGAAUGAGAUUUCCCCUGCUAUCGGCCUACGACGCUGAUGUAGGUAAGAAUGGAAUAAACACUUAUACGCUCAGUUCAAAUGAACAUUUCAUCUUAGCUGUACAUAAAGGAGGAAAUAGUGUUUCUGCUGACUUAGUGUUGCAGAAAAUAUUAGACCGAGAGAAACAGCCUGUAUUAAAGCUUACUUUAACUGCUGAAGAUGGAGGAACACCCCCUAAAAAGGGAACGUCAGAAAUAAUUAUUAAUGUUUUAGACAAUAACGAUAACUCACCAGUGUUUGACAAAGCCUUGUAUAAGACUCACAUUUUCGAAAAUGUUCCGAUUGGAACCACAGUCAUGAUUCUGAAUGCGAAAGACGCUGAUGAAGGAACGAACAAAGAGAUAGUAUACACUUUAAGUACAAAAGAGCAAGACCAAAUCCUGGAAGCAUUCGAAAUAGACCCAGUAACAGGCAUAUUGAUAGUAAAAGGCAAUAUUGACUUUGAGGAACACAAAGCGUUUGAGAUCCGUGCUCAGGCCACCGACAAAGGCCAGCCCCCGAUGGCAGCGCAUUGUAAAGUCCUGGUAGAAGUAAUGGAUCUCAACGACAAUGCCCCAGAGAUCACUGUGACGUCACUAGUAGACACGGUGAAAGAGGACGCCAAUUUGGGCACUGCCAUAGCGUUAGUGUCGGUCCUCGAUAAAGACGGAGGCAAAAACGGCAUGGUGACGUGUUUUGUAGCCAAUAGAGUUCCAUUUAAAUUGGAGACAAACUAUAAAAACUAUUAUUCUUUGGUCAUAGACGGACCUCUGGACAGAGAGAGUGUUUCUCAGUAUAACGUCACCAUUACAGCUACAGAUGAAGGGAGCCCGCCUCUCUCCAGCACCAGCAUUAUUACUGUACACGUUUCUGAUGUCAAUGACAAUGUGCCACGCUUCUUAGAACCCGUUAUCAAUGUAUAUGUAAAAGAGAACAGCCCUAUCAGCACAAUCAUUAAAACAGUGUCAACAAUAGAUGAUGACGUUAAUGAAAAUGGACAGGUGAGCUAUUCAUUUGUGGACAAUAAGAGCAGUUCGUUACCGUUGUCUACGAUGGUGAAAAUAAACGCAGAGACUGGAGACAUAGUCAGCCUGAAAUCGUUUAAUUAUGAAGAGUUAAAAACUUUCCAGUUUAAAGUUCAGGCUACAGACUCUGGUGUCCCUAAGCUCAGCAGCAACGUCACCGUGAACGUUUAUAUCCUGGAUGAAAAUGACAACAGUCCCGGGAUUCUCGCGCCCUAUUCUGAGCACGGCUCUGUUAACAGUGAAAACAUUCCCUACUCUGCUGAAGCGGGUUACUUUGUGGCCAAGAUCAGGGCUGUAGACGCAGACUCUGGCUACAAUGCGCUACUUUCUUAUCACAUCUCCGAACCCAAGGGGACCAACCUAUUCCGCAUCGGAACCAGCACAGGAGAGAUCCGGACUAAGAGGAGAAUGAGUGACAAUGACCUGAAAACUCACCCGUUGUUGGUGUUGGUUUCUGAUAACGGAGAGCCUUCACUGUCAGCGACGGUGUCUGUUGAUGUAGUGGUGGUCGAAAGCACAGGUGAAAUCAAGACUCAAUUCAGACAUGUACCUCUAACAGAGGAGAGCUUCUCUGAUUUAAACCUGUAUUUGCUGAUCGCCAUUGCCUCGGUGUCAGUGAUUUUUCUAUUGAGUCUCAUCAGUCUAAUAGCUGUAAAAUGCCACAAGACAGAGGGAACUUUCAACGGAUACAGUCCUCCAAUGAUCACCACACACCCUGACGGGAGCUGGUCGUACUCUAAAUCUACUCAGCAGUAUGACGUGUGUUUCAACUCAGACACACUGAAGAGUGACGUAGUAGUGUUCCCUGCACCGCUUCCGCCUGUAGAUGGGGAGUUGAUCAGUAUUAACGGAGGAGACACUUUUAACCGGACUCAGACAUUACCCAACAAAGAAAAGGUAAGAGUGAAACCUGUCUACUCACUUUAG